GCGCGAGCGAGGUGGCCGCCGAGGUUGUGUUUCGUCCUCGGAGCAAAAGCGCGGGAAACUACGUGUUCAGGCCACUAAUAAAAAAAUAAAUAAGAUUAUUUUUUUCAAAAGUUUUACGUUCCAAAGAGUUUGUCGUGUGAUUUUUAAUUUUUGUGUCUAUGUUUACAAACUUUAAAAACUUGUGUUGUGUAUUGAAAAAAGGUCAGUUUGUUUAACUUCGAACAAAAUGAGGGAAGAUUAGAAGAGUGUAAAGAUAAGACUACGGGAGUAUUUUGAAGUGAUAAAUGAGAUGAGCGGUGAUAAAAAUAAUGGACUAAAAUUAGAUCUAACGCGCUAAUAAUAAACAAGGAACCGGCAUGUCGCAGAUAACGAGUAUCUUCUAAAGUUUUUUGAUGACUUGAAGAAAGAAACAUGGAUGCUUAUCGGAGAGAUAUCACCAUGGAUAUCAGUUGGUGGAAGAGCAGAUUCCUGCUGGUAGUCAUUGCAGCUGCUUACGUUACCACUCAAGAUAUUUCCAUGUGCUGCACGAAAGCUGAGGGGACUUGCAGAAGUGUUUGCGAAAAGAUGUCCCUUGUGCCGAUAUCAGACAACGAUAUGCGAGAAGAAAGAAUAAAAAACAUUGACAAGUUCUGCACUCCUCGUUUGACGGACUUCUGGAUAUGCAUGAACCACACGAUUGAAGAGGUGGUAGACAAGGUGGGCUGGUGGGGCCGCGCGUGCUGCUCGCUCGGCAACGCUGCCGGCUGCCGGCACGCCUGCAUGAAGGCUGGCAGCGAGCAGGACCUCGUCACCACCGGCGCCUGCAGGCAUUCUGAUGAGAUCGCCUUCUUUGACUGUGUUGCUGGACAGCGGGAAGCUCAGUGGUGUUGCUCACAGACCCACUACCUGAACUGCUAUGAAGCGUGCCACAAGGCCCUGUGGCGCGUCGGCUCCCAUGCGGACAGCGAGGCGCGGGAGCAGGCUAUCGAGGCGUGUGAACAGUCUCCUGUUCUUCUGAGAUGUUUGCGGAACAUGACUUCUUCCACUGUACACGCGGAUACUUCCAAAUACCUCCCAUGCUGCCACGAGUCGUCACGCCCUUCAUGUCGAACUGCCUGUGAGUCAGUCUUGCGUCGGACCGGCGAGUCGCAAGAGAUUGAGGAGGCGUUAUCGGCGGCUUGUGGCGCCCCCUCAUUGCACGACAAACUAUGGCAGUGCUUCCUGAGAAACGACGCGCCGACUGACACCAAAGAUCUCAUACCCCAUGAUGUGGCUAAGCUACAUUGUUGUCAAAAAGCAAAGACAACGAAUUGCCGCAAACUAUGUUUCGAAACCUUCAACACAGGCUGGCAGAGUAACUGGCAAAAGUUCUAUGGAGAAUGCUUGGGAGACCCUCAAGAAAACGAUCUGACGGAAUGCAUUGAUGAAGUGGAAUCUCCAUGUUCGCUUGGCUGUUCUGGUUUAACGUACUGCAGUCAACUGAACAACCGUCCAACUGGUCUCUUCAGGUCAUGCACAGCUCAAGCUGACCUAGAUGCACAUUUAGCAGUUGCCGAACAAAAAGGGAGUGGUGUCAUAACAGUGUCUGGACUUCACAUGCCGCUGAAGAAUUCUAGCCAGUGUCCUACUGAUGUUUGGAAGAGCGUCGCUUGUGCGUUGCACGUGAAGCCAUGUACAGCUAAGGGACAUAGCAGCCUUCUCUGCGAAGAAGACUGCAUGCGGCUGGUGUCAACCUGCGUGGAGUGGUCACGUGUACCAGCACAUCUGACAGCCGCAGCGUUGUGCGCGCGUAUGACGCCACGCAGUAGCAACGCGCCGUGCGUCCAGCUACGACAGUAUAUGACGCCCAGCACAGAACCGCCUCUGCUGUCAGCGCGGGAGGCCGUGACGUCACCGUGCGCGGGCGCGCCGUGCAACGCUUCGCAGGUGUGCGUCGUGGACAGGAACUGUCUUCGAGGUGGCGCGUGCCAGCGCUAUCAGUGCUUCGAUGGCUGUCCUCUUGGUGACGGCAGCAAUUACGUGGUGCCACUAGGCGCAUGGGUGCGCGUGCCGCGGCCGGGCCCGGCGCAGAAGGCGUGUUAUAAAGUAUGCCGCUGCACCGGCCGCGGGCUCGCUGCCUGCCAGCCGCUACCAUGCGUUGGGCUGGACAACUGCCGGCUAUAUGACAAAGUCUUCAAGCACGGCGACAAGUACUUCAUGGAGUGCAACGCGUGCGCGUGCUCAUGGGGCGAGCGCGUGUGCGCGCGGCGUGCGUGUGGUCGAGCGCGGCAGCUGACGGGGCUGCCGUGCAACUGCCCGCCGCACCACCUAAGGGUGUACUCAGCUCACCACUUGUACCCCAACGUGUGCCUCGCCACCACCGAAUUGAGGAAAAAUACACCGUACAGUAGAAAUGCCCAUAAAGGUUACUGCUGGUACUCACCAGCAGUACUCACUGCUGCUGUGGUCACAGUGGAUGCUGACGGGGCUGCCGUGCAACUCAAAGUCAAAGUCAACUGCUACUGCCGUGGAGCUGAAAAAGCCGCUCACGGCUAUCAGCAAGGUCCAUCCGAAAAAAAAAAUCGCCUCGUAAGUUUAGAGCUUACUCCUGGUACUCACCAGCAGUACUCACUGCUGCUGUGGUCACAGUGGAUGCUGACGGGGCUGCCGUGCAACUGCCCGCCGCACCACCUAAGGGUGUACUCCGCGCACCAUUUGUACCCCAACGUGUGUCUCGCCACUAUAGAGCUUACUGCUAUAACUGCUACUGCCGGUGAGUACUGCUGCUGCUGUGAUCACUGGAUACUGACGGGGCUGCCAUGCAACUGCCCGCCGCACCACCUAAGGGUGUACUCCGCGCACCAUUUGUACCCCAACGUGUGUCCUCGCCACGUGAGUAUAGAGCUUACUGCUAUAACUGCUACUGCCGUAAACACUAGCAACUGCACCUCGCAGCCUGUACAACCAGUGUGCGAUACCGACGGAGUGACGCACGCCAAACCCUGUCGCCUGGCCAUGAGUGGCAAGCUGCUGGCCUACUGGGGGCCCUGUCUGCAGUACUGCGACCAGUUGGGAUCAGUGUGCGGUGCGAAUGGAGUCACGUAUGCCACGGAAUGUGCUGCCUGGGCUGAGUAUGUGAGCGUGGAUUACCUUGGACCUUGCCUCGCUGUUGGGCCCAUUUCCGACCUCAUGGAGCCCAAGUGCCAGUUUGACAGGAUAAUCUGUCCGCCUCUCAGGAAACCAAACUGCCAAGGCUUCACUCCUCCAGGCGCAUGCUGCCCCAAAUGUGGUGGGGCACUAAGAAUCCUCUUCUCGAAGAAGCAAAUCGAACGAGCUCUCUAUGGGACCAACAUUUCCUCCUCCGUUAUCAAUCUCCAAAACAUCCUCAAAGCUUUAGAAAGACAUGUCAGAACAGCUGAAUGCGCUCUUAGAGGCUUCUUGACUAUUGAAACUGAAAUUUUCGUGUCUGUCGAAUCCUUGCUACAGAAUCCUACUGACUUACAGUUGGAAAUAUGUAUUCUAGAAGCAGAAAAGUUAGCAGACAUGAUCAAUAGAGAAAGUGCUUUGAUUUCUUUAGAUUUAGGACUUAGCGCUUUGUCGUAUGCACUUACUGUGCAUACAUUCCCUACCAAAGCAGCGAGUAGUUUUACCAUAUCCAUUGUAACUUUGAUACUUUCGUGUUUCGGUAUUUAUAUUUUGAGAUGAGAGAGGGAACCAACAACUUGUAAAUACUUAGUUAGAAUAGUGUACAUAUUAUUGUAAAUAUAGUUGAUUAUACCAAAUGUAAUAGUGCCAUUUAUAAAAUGUAGCUACCAGUAAAGAUGAGAUUAUGCUUUGGUCCGCUUUAACGUAUAAUGUUUUAAGGGCACCAUUUAAAUAUAGCUAGGAAGUUUACCCAUCAUAUCAAUUGUUGUGAGUUCGUUCGUUGUGCCAUGUUUCACUCUGUUUAUAUUAGUGAUUUUAAUCAUUGCAAUUUUUUAUGAUUUAUGACUGAAUAGAGCAUUUUUAUAAAAGACAAUUAUUAUGAAUAGUCUUUAUAUACCAAAUAUAUAAGAAAUGUGCAUAGGAUGUUUACUUGUUACUUGUGUAUGUUUUGUUGAUCCAAUUAUAGAGAUGUUUAGAUACUAUAGAGAUACGUAUUUUCGUUUAUAAGCUCAAAGCUCAAAUAAAAAUAGCAACGAUCCAAUA